AUGUAUUUAAAAAUGAAUUAUUUCUUAAUAUUUCUUCUUAUUCUAUUAAAUAUUCAUAUAAUAUUAUCAUCAAUAUGUUCAAAAUAUUAUCCAUUACAAGAUAUUCCAUCAUGUGAAUGUGAAGAACAUAAUAAUGAACAAUUAUCAAUAUCAUUAAAAUGUUUAAAUUUAUCAAUAAUACCAAAUUUUUAUAUAAAUUUAUAUUAUCAUACAAUUGAAUUUGAAUUAUGUUUAAAUGAUUUAAAUUUUUUAAAUCAAACAUUUAUGAAUUUAACUAUAAAUAUAAUACGUAUACGUCAUUGUAAUUUAUUUAAUAUAAAUGAUCAAACAUUUUUAAAUAUAAAAUAUUUAGAAAAAUUUCUUAUUGAAAAUUCAACAAUAUUAUCAUUAAAAACUUCAAAUGAAAAUUUACAAGAUAUAUUUUCAAUAAAUUCAUUUUAUAAAUUAAAAACAUUAACAUUAAAAAAUAUACAUUAUUAUCAUAAAUAUAAAUUAAAUUUUGAAUUAUUAUUAGAACAAUUACCAUAUAUACAUCGUUUAGAAUUAAUUAAUAUUUAUAUUGAUAAUUAUCGUUAUUAUAAUAUUAAAAAUAUUGGAAAAUAUUUAACAUAUUUAAGUUUAACAAAUACACAUCAAACAAAUAUAAUACCAAUUGAUUAUUUAAUAUCACUUGAACGUUUACUUAUACGUUAUUUACCUGAUAUAUUUCAUACACAAACAUUAAUAUAUUCAUUAAAAAAUUUAUUAAAUUUAAAAUAUAUAUUAUUUGAACAUAAUCAAUUAAAAAUAAUUGAAAAUUUACAAUCAAAAACAAUUGAUGAUAUUGAUUUAAGUUCAAAUUUAAUUGAACAUAUAAAUGAAUAUACAUUUAAAUAUGUACCUAAACUUCGUCAUUUAACAUUAACAAAUAAUCCAUUAAAUAAAAUAGAUAAAAAUGCUUUUUGUGGUAUUGAAAAUUUACAACGUUUAUCAAUUAAUAUUAAACAUAAAUAUAUAUCACCAUUAGAUAAUUGUAUAUUAAUUAAUUAUCCAUAUUUACAAAUAAUACAAGAUAAUCAAAUAAAAUUACAAUGUAAUUGUCAAUUAAUGAAUAUAUUUCAUUUACAACGAUAUGAUAAUAUAAAUAUAAAUCGUUUAUUUAAAAUAAAUCAAAUGUGUAUUAUUAAUAAUAAUAAUACAUUAGAAAAUAAAUAUAUUAAUUUAUAUGAAUUAGAUAAUUAUUUAAAUUGUUCAUUAUCAUUAAAUCAAUGUGAAAAUUUAUGUCAAGAAAAACAAACAAAUAUUAAUUUAUUUCAUUUACAAGCAAAAACAAAAUCUAUAUCAUCAUUAUCUAUAUCUUUAUAUUCAAUUUUUUCUUAUUAUUUACAUUUUUUUAUUAUUGUUGUUGUUAUUAUGCGUUUUUUUGUAUUUGUAAACAUAUGA